UUAUAUUAGUGCAGAACACUGUACCUUUAAUUUAAAUGCCCUUGGAGUCUGCUGGGGGAGAGAAAUAAUACUGUCAGUCAGUAUGACAUGCAGAUGAGUGCCGUCGAUCUUAGAAUCACCGCACACUUCACUCAUUUGGGCAGUCACGGGGCCAAAACCAGAAAGAAGAAGAAGAGGAUGAGGAUGAGGAUGAAGAAGAAGAAGAAGAAGAAGAAAAGAAGAAGAAUGAGGAUGAGAUGAUGAAGAAGAAGAAAAAGAAGAGGAUGAGGAUGAAGAAGAAGAAGAAGAAGAAGUAGGAUGAAAAUAAGAAGA